GAAAACGGACCUGGUCACUGUUCAAACUUAAAAUAGUUUCAUACCAUAAAAGCAGAGACCUCACCUCAAAUCCCUCUCUCUUUCCUGCAGCUUUAGAACUCCACCGUACUCUGCUACAAUUUUUUGUAUGACCAACUUGCCCUUCAUUUCCAUUCAAAACUCCCAAACUGCUUCGUCCUUUUAGAUUCUACCUACAGUCAAAGAUCCUCAGCUGAUCAAUUUUCCUUCACUUUCUCGCGCUUUCCUUUCCAUUUUCCUUCACUUUCUUUCUCAUGGCUGUUGUUAGAGGUUUCUGCUAGCGGACAAGAAGAGAGGAAAUCGAAUGGAUUUGACUGAAGGAGUUGGUGAGAGCUCUUCGCCGCCGAGGAGCUUUGGGAGCUUCGGUAACUAUGAUGUGAGGAACGAGGUUUAUGAUCGGUUUGUGGAGAGUGGCCACAAGGAAGCUGUUUCUAAUCCCGAGUUGUUUCGUGAGAUGCUUGAUGCUCACUUCAAUCGCUUGCCUUCUAGUUAUGUCCUUGAUGUCAACAUGGAUAGAGUGGAGGAUGUUUUGUUACACCAAAGACUUCUUACAUUAGCAAAAGAUCCGGAGAAACGCCCGGUUUAUCAUAUUCGUUUCUUGGAGAAUCUUUGCACCAUAACAGAUGAUGGUGAUGACCUACAGUCUGUGAAUAUUAUUUCCCCUGAGAGGCCAGAUUUUAAUGCAGACAAUGGAGUUGUGCCAUCAAACAAGAAAAUCAGGGAUCAUGCAAUUGACUUUGAGCCCUGCUCUAAGCUGGAGCAUCUAAAUUUGGAUGUUAGAAAGGCUUCCAAAGGCGUGGAGGAAACAUAUCAUAGAGAAAAUGCUUCUAGAAGGCAAGACUUUGUACAUGUUCCAACGCAUGAAGUAGUUUUUUCUACCAUUGACAAGCCAAAGCUUCUUAGCCAGCUUUCUGCUUUGCUUUCAGAUAUAGGACUUAAUAUCCGUGAAGCACAUGUGUUCUCCACAACUGAUGGCUACUCCUUGGAUGUAUUUGUGGUGGAUGGAUGGCCUAUUGAGGAUACAGAUGGUUUGCAUAAGGCUAUGGAAAAAGCAAUUGCUAGAAGUGAGGGAUCGUGGUCUGGUUCUUCACAUUCUCAUUCAGCUGUUGAUAAAGCUUCAGCAGCUCAAGCAAAAUGCGGAGAUUGGGAAAUAGAUAGACGAUUAUUGAAGAUAGGGGAAAGAAUUGCAUCUGGAUCUUGUGGAGACCUGUAUCAUGGAGUUUAUCUUGGUCAGGACGUUGCUGUUAAAAUUCUUAGAUCUGAGCAUUUAAAUGAUACACAGGAAGAGGAGUUUGCUCAAGAAGUUGCAAUUUUAAGACAAGUCCAACAUAGAAAUGUUGUACGUUUUAUCGGUGCAUGUACAAAGUCUCCACAUUUGUGCAUAAUAACAGUUUUUUCUUGCUUCAUAUUCUUGCUUGCAGAGUAUAUGCCUGGUGGAAGUCUCUAUGAUUACUUGCAUAAGAACCAUAAUGUAUUGAAGCUCCCUCAAUUGUUGAAGUUUGCAAUAGAUGUUUCUCGGGGAAUGGAAUAUUUGCAUCAAAACAAUAUAAUUCAUAGGGAUUUGAAGACAGCAAAUUUGUUAAUGGACAUUCACAAGGUUGUUAAAGUGGCAGAUUUUGGAGUUGCUCGAUUCCAGAAUCAAGAAGGUGUGAUGACAGCAGAGACUGGAACAUAUAGGUGGAUGGCACCUGAGGUUAUAAACCAUGAACCAUAUGAUCAAAAAGCAGACAUAUUCAGUUUUGCUAUUGUACUGUGGGAGCUGGUAACAGCCAAGGUGCCAUAUGAUACCAUGACCCCUCUACAGGCUGCCCUGGGAGUAAGACAGGUUUGCUCAUCUACAUAUCAACUCGUCAUGGGUCUGCGUCCAGAACUUCCUCAGGAUGCUCACCCAAAGCUAUUAGACUUGAUGCAAAGAUGUUGGGAAACAACUCCUGCCCAUCGACCAUCCUUCUCUGAGAUAACAGUUGAACUUGAAACGCUUCUCCAGGAAGUUGAGGUGUUCACGCGCCAGGAAACUAAGGAUGCAGUGAAUGGCAGCUGAAUUUGGUGUAUGAAAAUAUGCGAUACUCUAACAGUUACAUUUUGCCGUCUUCUUUUUGUGAUGUUUCCUUCUAUAUAGUUAACAAAGUUUUUAUACCCAAGGGAAAAAAAGAUUUUACAAAUGCUGUCCAUUACAACACUAAAGAAACAAAGAGUGCCUUGAUUUUUUUUUCCUAUAUAGAGUUCCCUCGUACCAAGCACGGUUGUAGAGCUUUUUACUAGCGAGACAAUUAGGGUUAACUUUAUCCAUAGUUUCUAAAUUUGUUGAACUUCAACUCCUGAUUUUUUUUUUCUUUUCCCCCUUUUCACUUUGUAUAAACACGGACAAAAGAUGAUAAUUUCUAUUAUUUUAGUUUUUUCAAUUUGGUA